UUUUUUUAAAAGUCUCUGACAUGUGACAGCGUGUGUGUGCGUGGCACUAUGUCAUGUGUUUAAUGAUGUCACUGACUUUAACAAGUAUAAGAGAAGCGGAGAUGUACAGGCAAUCACCCACUCGUUGAAAUCAAUACAAUGAAGAUCAUCCUGCUUUUUGCACUGUUCCGUUUGAGCUCCUGCCAGGCUACUGGAUGUUCAGAAACGCCUGUUUCCUAUGGUGAUGAUGAUGAUUGCCUUGCAAAAGCACUGGAGGAUCUUGGAUAUUUUUUUCCCGCUGUUGCCAAAUUUGAUUGUGCAUACAAUCAAUUUCAGGAGGAUAAAAAUGAAAAGAAUUACAACGCUGCAGCAAAAGAAUUCGCUAAUGCACUGGAGUGUACAGGUUGCGAACUUGGUUCAAUAUUUGGUGAAAGUCAUACUCUUGCAGACCUUUCAAAGGGGGUUGCAGAAACUGUAAGUGUAUCCCUUGAACUUGCUGUAAAGAUUCUGGGAAAACUGGGACUAGAACAAGUCAAGUCAAGUCUUUUUUGCACAGUGACAGGAAAACUUUUAACAUCAGAAUGCCUGCAGAAUGCCCUUGCGACUGUUUCUAUGGAAUUAAUUACCGAUCUAAAAAGACUUUAUUGUAAGAUAAAUGGGAAGUCUUGUUUGUAUCUACAUUCCUUCUGUGCUUUGACGCUUAUGUUAAGUAUUUCUGAUUUUAGGGGAUUCAUUUUGAAAUUUGAUACCUCCCCAUAUAUUUUAAGAGUUUUUAAUAAGUUAGGGAGAGUUAGCGUUGGGUUCAUUAUGUAGAGAAGAAUAUCAUCGGCAUACACCGUGAGUUUGUGUUCCUCUUCUUCUAUCCGUAUCCCCAAGAUGUCGGGAUUAUUUCUAAUCCCAGCCAGCAGUGGUUCUAGAGAUAGGAUAAACAAUAAGGGGGACAGGAGACACCCCUGUCAGGUCCCAUUAAACAUCUCAAAAGACCCUGAUACUAUCCCAUUUAUUUUAACUCUAGCGGUUGGGUGGUUGUAAAGAGCAUUUAUCCACCCCAACAUCUUAGGUCCCACCCCAUAUUCCUCUAAUGUAUUUUGUAGAAAUCCCCAGUCUACGCUGUCAAACGCUUUUUCAGUGUCUAUUGACAGUAGUAGACCUGGGGAUUUACUUUAUUUUUUUUUUUUUUAUCAAUAUGAGUAUUCUAAUACUAUUAUCCCUAUUUUCCCUGCCUAGGAUAAAACCCACUUGAUCGGUAUGCACCAGAUCUUUCAUUAUUGACUUCAUUCUGCCUGCUAAUAUUUUAGCGAACAGCUUCACGUCAGCAUUCAGUAGGGAGAUGGGUCUGUAACUGGAGCACAGAGAGGGAUCCUUGCCUUCCCUAGGGAUUAUCAUUAUUGCGGUCUCCAAUGCCUCGCGGCGAAUCUCCCAAUUAACGCCGAUACCAUUCAUUCAGGAGCACAUCUUUGGGACCAAAAUAUCGCUAAACUUCUUAUAGCCCGUCGGGACCUGGGCUUCUCCCUGCAGGGGACUCCUUUAAAUUUUCCCGUAUUUCUGCUUCCGUAAUGGGGUCUUUUAAGCUAUUAAAUUUAUCCGCUGGUAUUUUUUUUAGGCCUAUUUCUGUUAAUAUUUUUUUAGUAUUAUCUGACCGCAUUUUUACUUUGUCUGGAGGGUCUCUUUGGGUUAUCGAGUACAGCUUCCCAUAAUAUUCUUGAAUACUCUUGCAAUUUCGGGGGUUGUGUCUACCUUUUCAUCCUUACCCGUUUGUAUGCUUUCAAUAAAGUUAGUCCUAGAUUUUUUUUUAACAGUUUGGAUAGGUAUUUUCCCGACAGAUCACCCCAUUGAUACCUCUCUUUCUUAAGUCUAUAGAGGGCCGUUCUGUUUACCUGUUCAAUGAGAUCUCUUAACUCCUCUCUUUUUAGAAUAACGGCGCGUUCGACUUCAGGAUCACCUGUUUGUUUGUGACACUGUUCGAGAUCAAAUAUUAUUUUAUGUAACUCAUCACCUUUCCUCCUGCUCUCCUUUUUUUUUUGCUGUUCCUAUUGCAAUCAGAAUUCCCCUAAUAUAGGCCUUGUGAGCCUGCCAUACUAAUGAUUCUGACAUGCAUUCUGAGCUAUUUGUCCUAUAUAUAUAUAAUACUAUACCUACAGUUUAUCCAGAGGAAGCAUUAUCCAAUUUGCUCCAACAAGGGAAAAUAUUCCUUCCUGAUCCCCCAAGAGGCAAUUGGAUAUUCCCUGGAUCCCUGGAUUAAAUUCAAUAGCAGUGGGGAGGGAUUUGUAAGACCGACCAACAAUGGCCACAGCAUGUGAAGCCCUGCAAUAUCAGCAUAGAAAUCUUUCCAGUGAAAUGCUCAGAGAAUAAAGGAUUCUGGUCUCCAUUCUCAGAACCAAAUCUCAGUAUGUAGGUGUCCAGACACUUUUUCUCUAACUAUUGCAUGCAAUCCUAUAACUGUCAAUUCAUUUUACCAUUUUGCUGUAUUUAAUGUAAAACACUCUUGAAAAGGGGUUAAAGUCAAUUCACAGAAGAAAUAAAUAAUAAAAUGCACGAAGUAAUUAAAUAAUGGUUCAUUCAUGUGGUAUUUAAGGAAUGUAAAAAUGAAUAACCGAUUUUGAGUUGUCUCUGCUUUUUUGGAUCAGUUCUCUCAACAGUAUUGCAACGAACCUGAAUAUGGAAAUCAUUGGGGAUGCUUUACUUAAAGUAUACUUAAUGGAAAAACACUUUUUUUUUUUCGUUUUGGAUAGAGUGGAGGUGGAUUAGAACAUCUGUCAGGUUUUUAUUGUUGUUUGUGCCUUCAUUAGGGAGAUACACCCUCUCAAUGUUUUUCCUGUUUACCGUUAUCAUUAUCAUUGAAAGUAAAAGUAAAAGAAAAUCUCCCA